AUGCAUCUCAUGUACACGCUCGAUGAGAACGGCAGCAGAGUGUAUACUCUGAAGAAACUCACGGACUCGGGCAAGAUUACCAAGUCUGCUCACCCAGCCCGUUUCUCGCCUGAUGACAAGUUCUCGCGGCACCGAGUGACGAUCAAAAAGCGCUAUGGCAUCCUCCUGACGCAGCUCCCGGCCAAGCCGAUGUAA